GCAUCAGUCGCAGCCCAGCCAGCCUGCUUUCGACUUCUUUUCGACGUGAGCAAACCGUCCAGUCAUCCACGUACUUCCACUCCAACAUGGCUUUCCGCUACCUCAUCACUCUGUGCGCCCUGGUGGCCUGCGCCAAUGCUGGUCUCUUGGCCAGCCAUGUGGCCAUUGCCAAUCCGUCGGUGGACGCAGUCGCCUCCACUCAGCAGAAUGUGGUGAGAUCCUUUGCCGGCACUGUGUCCAGCUACUCGAAGGCGGUGGACACCCCGUACUCCAGUGUGCGGAAGAGCGACACCAGGAUCCAGAACAAUGUCUACACUCCUGCCAUUAAGACAACCACUUAUGGUGCAGCUCCUCUGUACACUCAGGCCACUCCCAUCGUGUCCAAGACUCUGGUCCAUGCUCCAGCGCCCGUUGUGGAGAAGACUGUGUACGCCGCUGCUCCAGCUCCAGUUCUGGCCAAGACUGUGUACUCUGCUCCAGCUCAGGUUUAUGCUGCUCCUGCUCCCGUUGUGGCCAAGACCGUGUACUCCGCGCCUGCUCCAGUUCUGGCCAAGACUGUGUACUCCGCUCCUGCUCCAGUCUAUGCUGCUCCUGCUCCAGUUGUGGCCAAGACUGUCUACUCCGCUCCUGCUCCAGUCUAUGCUGCUCCUGCUCCAGUUCUGGCCAAGACUGUCUACUCCGCUCCGGCUCCAGUCUAUGCUGCUCCCGCUCCAGUUGUGGCCAAGACCGUGUCCUAUGCCGCCCCACUGGCCACCACCAAUGUGAACCAUGGACCCGCCGCCACCACCUACACCCACAAUGCCCCAGCUCUGGGCGUCUCCAGCUAUGGAAGCUCCCAGACGGUCCAGUAUUCCCCCGCCGAGAGUGUGUCGCACAUGAGCUUCGAUGGAUUCGGAACCCACUGGGGUUUCUAA